AUGAGGGACGGGAGAGAGACUGUAGCAGCCGUGGUAAGGGGGGUGUAGGUGAGGGAGAGGAGGGUGUAGGUGAGGGAGAGGAGGGUGUAGGUGAGGGAGAGGGGGGUGUAGGUGAGGGAGAGGAGGGUGUAGGUGAGGGAGAGGGGGGUGUAGGUGAGGGAGAGGAGGGUGUAGGUGAGGGAGAGGUCAGUGUGUGUGAAGGUGUAGGUGUUAUUGAGGGAGAGGAGGGUGUAGGUGUUGGGGGAUACGUGCUGCGUCCUUCUCUACUGCCUCAGAUGGAGAUACUGAGAGAGGAGAGAGAGGAGGUUCUGCAUGGUGUGAGCGGCCUAGUCUUUCAGAGAGUUCACAUCAGUCCCUGGUCCCCGCCUGCCUUCCACCAGCUCCUCCUCUGGGGGGCGUGGCCCAAAGCCUCUCAGUCAAUCCCUGACCUGGGGCGGAGUCUGGAGCGUCUGCUGAGCCCCUACGGGCUUUCCCUGACUGAAGAGCAGGGGUCUCUGUGGCUGGCGGCCGAGCCAAUGGGACGGCUAGGCCGGCUGUGGGCUGAUGACCUCACUGAUGACGUCAGUGUGUGUCUGAACCUUGACCUCCUGGCGUCACUGGUCUACUCCCUCCCUGACUGGCGCCUGCUCUGGUCACCUGACCCCCGCUUCCUCAACCACUUCCUGCUCUGCCCAUUGCCAGAGCAACCAUUCCGCCCCAUCUCCCUGUUUCCACAGAGCUUUGUUUAUGACAUCAGCUUCUGGGUGGGGCCAGACUGGCAGGAGGCGGGGUUUCAUGCUCUAGUCAGAGAGGCCAGUAGAGAGAUGGUAGAGAAUGUUACACUUAUAGACACCUACACACCCAACACACACCCUGACAUAACACACACCUACACACCCGACACACAGCCUGACAUAACACACACCUACACACCCAACACACACCCUGACAUAACACACACCUACACACCCGACACACACCCUGACAUAACACACACCUACACACCCGACACAACACACACCAGCUACUGUUACAGACUCACCUACCGCUCACACACACACGCACUCUCACACACACACGCACUCAAACUCCACACACACCUGCAAAGCCUGCUGUCCACCCGCAUGCAUCUCACCGUCAGGUAGUGUCUGUGUGUGUGAGAGAGAGAGAGAGAGAGAGAGAGAGAGAGACCGAGAGAGAGAGACAGAGUAGAGUAGAGAGAGAGAGAGAGAGAGCAGAGCAGAGCAGAGGCAAGAGCAGAGAGCAGAGAGAGGAAGAGAGAGAGGAGAAGAAUAGAGAGAGAAUAUAGAGAGGAGAGGGAGAGGAUAUAGAGAGAAGAUCAGGAUCGAUAGGCAUAUAGAGUGAUUGCAAUCUCAUUCUCUGCUCUCUCUCUUUCUUCUUUUUCUACUCUGCUACUAGUCGGUAUUCUUCUGUAUCUCGCCCUCGAUUUCGCCUCCUGAUCUUCCUGCUUAUUGCCCAUCAGCUCUCUCUCUAUUUCUGCUCUCCUUCUCUCUCCUCUCUCUCUCUCUCUCUUCUCUCCUCUUCCUCUCCUCUCUCUUUCUUCUCUUUCUCCUCUCCUCUCCUUCUUCUCUCUCUCUCUUCUCUCUUACUGUUUUCCCUCUCCUCUUCUUCUCUCUCUCUCUUUCGUUUCUUUCUUUUUCUCUCCUCUUCUCUUUUGUUCUCUUCUCGCUCUUGCUCUCUUCUCUUUUUAUUUCUUCGCCUCUCCGUCUCUUUUUUCUUUUUCUCUCUCUCUCCUUUCUCUCUCUCUCUCUCUACCUCUUUCUCUUCUCUCCUCUCUCUGUUUCUUGCUCAUCUGAUCUUCGCCCUCUUUCGCCUUUGUAGGGGUGUGA